AUGCCGCGUGCGUUCCUCAUCAAGAAGAAACAGCAGUGUGCUCGCAAUGGACUAUCGCUUUCCAAAGCCAGUUGGACAGACGAUGAUUCGAAUGACAUUGACGAAAUGGAUAAUUCCCGACCGCAGUUUACCCCGCUGACGAUUGUUUCCAAAGAUGCUAAGGGCGCAUAUGAUUUGAGUAUGAAGCCAAAGAAUAUAGACGAGAACUCCAGCGAUAGCGAGCGGGGAUUGUCGGUGUCUCCCAGGCCAACAAUGAAUCUUUCUUCUCAUCAACCGGGGGCAUUGGUGGCUCCAAAAGCAAUCAAACCUUCUCCUAAGUCAAUCGAAGAGAUGGCUGCCGCGAGGUCUCAGUGGCAAAAGCACGUGAUGUCCUCCUACCUUCCUUUCAACUACCCUGUGUAUCCUUAUCCUGGGAAACCAGAAGUGUAUCCUUACAACUCCGGCUACCACCAGAGUGCUCUGGCGCCCCCACCUCUUGUACCACUCAAUUCUUCCAAUAGUGACCGCUACUCCCCAUCGAGGGAAAGGUUCGAAACAGCAAUGCCGAGAACUUUCAACACGUCAGCCAGUCCAUCUCCACCUACAGUCUACCCCGGAUGGUAUUCUGAUGGCCACGACUCUGGCCUCGCCUCUUCCCCUAGUCCAAGUUCCGAAGACGGCGAUCUCGUCUUGUCAAAAGCUAAUCCGACUCGAUACCAGUGCCCGGACUGCAACAAGAGCUAUUCCACCUACAGCGGACUGUCGAAACACAGGCUGAUGCACUGUGCCACACAGGCAAAGAAGUCCUUCGGCUGCAAGUACUGCGACAAGGUUUACGUCUCCCUGGGGGCUCUUAAGAUGCACAUCAGGACGCAUACUUUGCCAUGCAAGUGCAAGCUUUGUGGCAAGGCCUUCUCCAGGCCUUGGCUUCUGCAAGGACACAUUCGCACCCAUACUGGCGAGAAGCCCUUUUCCUGCCCCCACUGUAGUAGAGCUUUUGCUGAUAGGUCCAAUCUGAGGGCCCACCUCCAAACACAUUCUGAGGUGAAAAAGUACCGAUGCAAAACAUGCAGUAAGACUUUUUCAAGGAUGUCAUUGUUGUUGAAACACGAAGAUGGCGGUUGCGCAGGCGCAGCAGCACCUCAAAUUCAACAGCAGCUGCCCUCGAACUCACCUGUGAACUUUGCUUAA